UUAUUGACCCCGUCGCGUCACUGGUGAGAGAUUCUAACUCAAGGAGUCCAAACCAACAACUAUGCUGCUCACAUAACCAGAAAGACUUGCAGAGGAAGGAAAGACUUCUUCAGAAGUCCCAGUCAUGAUGUCAGGAACAUUAACACGUUUCAAAUGCUGACUCUCAGUGAAAGAUCAGUGUUCGUUCUUGUAAGUUUAUUUAGGGAUACAACUCCUUUAUAAGGGAACUUUACCUCCAAGCACCGGCGAAAUGAAGACGGACGGCGCCUUUCGUCGUAAGAAUAUAGCGAGCAAGUCUUUGAACCACACAGUGGACAUUAAUAUUUCCAACAUCACAACUCGGACGGACAAUCACAGCGACUUCACAAGUGAUCUCACGUGUCACGAGGCAAAUAAUUUUGCACAUGGGCAAGCGACAUACAUGACGGGUUUACUUAUCGGCUCUUUAUUCGGGGGCGCUGUAUCUGACAGGUAUGGAAAGAAAUUACUUCUCGUUUGCUGCUCAGCGGUCCAUGCAGUCGCUACCCUGAUAGUGGCAUUUCUGCCGUAUGUGCCCGCGUACCUGACUGCCCGCUGCAUCAGUGGUGCAGCCUGUUGUGCCAUUCACAUCUGCACCUACAGUUUAGGGGUUGAAUGGAGUCUGCCCAAGUAUCGUAUCUGGCCAUCUGCCCUGUUUUCUUUCAUCUUCAGUCUGGGAAUGAUGGGAUUGGCCGCCGUAGCUUUCUUGACCAGUGGCUGGAUGCAGUUUCAUCUGGCACUAGGCAUCCCUCAGAUCCUCUUUCUACCUCUUUAUUUCUUUCUUCCAGAAUCUCCUCGAUGGCUGCUUCUUAAUAAGAGGAUGAAAACACUAGAGAACUAUCAGAAUAGAAGUCCUGAAGACAAGCACUACUUGGAUCUUCUUUUGGAGUCUGUGGACAUUAAGACGGAGAAGUCACCCUCAGAGAAGUCUUUCACUAAAACAGAGUCUAAUUUCUCCAACUUUACAUCACAUACUAUACUGCUGCGCCUGUUUAUCAUGAGUUACAUUGGUUUUGCAUCUGCUCUCACUUAUUAUGGGAUCUGCUUCAGUGUGGGAAGUUUUGGAGUAAAUAUCUAUCUGGCGCAGUUUUUCUCUGGACUAUCAGAGGCUCCCUCUUUGCUGCUUCCAUUUCUGUUGAAGCGAUGGGGCCGCAGGCCGUUCAGCAUGGGCUCGCUGUUCCUUAGUGGCAUUUCCUGUAUGCUGUCCCUCCUCGUUUCCAAGUUCUGCGACAUGCCUGCCCUUGUUAUGACUCUGGCGCUGAUGGGCAAGCUGUGUAUGCAAUCUACCUCCUGUGUCUCUGUGCUCUAUGGGAUUGAGCUGUUCCCAACUGUAAUAAGGCAGAAGUGCGUCGGCCUGGUUAGUCUUUGUUACCGAGUGGCCUGUAUUAUAAAUGCGGUGGUUACCCCUGAGGGCGGGAUCCCUCUACCAGCUAUGAUCUGUUACAGCAGUGGGCCAAUCAUUGGUGCAGCCCUGUGCCUGCUCCUUCCAGAGACCAGUGGCAUCCCUUUACCAGACACAGUACAGGACUGUGAGAAACAGCCCAGACUGAAGCUAUCAUGCUGUGCAUGUUGGCCCAUGAAGUCUAAACAGGAGUCAGGUGCUUCUUUUACCAAGGAGAUGGACAUGAAGAACCAAAUGGAAUGCAGUCCCCUCUCAGCAUAGUCAACAAGUGGAAAUUCUUUCCUGUCAUAGCAGAAAGUGACUUGUUCACAUUUUUUAUUUCUUUUAAUGUCUUUUUUAUAACAAUGAAGUAAAAGUGAGGGUCUUUUUUCAAUAAUGAACUUUACUUCUGGAUGAUGAUACUGUAACAUGUCAAAACUCAUGUUAUAUUGGAAUCAUUCAAUGCUGCUAUUGAUAAAUGCACAAUAUGUCUUUAUAGAGGACAUCUUCAGCUCAAAAACACGCACACAUUAUUAUACAUUUUCUCCUUUGAGUAACCUGUUUUGUAAAGAUUUGACAAAUUCACAGAAUUGAUCUCCUAUCAUUUUCUUUGAUUUUUAAAAAGUAAAAUAUUUACUUUCACAAAAACACUUGGGAGCAAAGUCUGCAAUUCUUACACAAGUCUUACAAAGAAAUAGUAGGUUAAAUCAUUGUUUUGAACAGCUUGCAUAUAUACCAUGCAACAAUAAUACUACAAUCUUCAACUCAGAUAUAAUGUGCACCUUUCUGAUUUUAUUAAAAAAGGUUAUUUAUUGGUAUCUGUGGUUCUUUGAACAUCCAUUAAAAAAAAAACAUCCAAAAGGUUCUUUAUAGUGGAAAAGGGUUCUUUAGAUUAUUAAAAUGACCCUCACACUAAGAAAACAAUUGUUUCAUUUUCUUGAUAUCAAAGACUUCCUGUAUGCAGUUGUUUGCUGAAGUGGAAUAGAAUUUGAACUGAA